AUGGAUAAUUUAGAACCAGAGAACCGUGUACUUAAGGAAGAGGUUUCUAGACUCACCGCUCUUAUGGAUUCUCUCAUUGUAGCUCAGAGUCAAACGGCUCCAACUCUUGCAACUCCGCAACAGCGGACAGUCAUCUUAGAGAUCAUCUCAAUGCCAGUGUUUGUGGUUUCUAUCAACCAGCAUGCGCACUCCAUGCAUGCCGGAUUCCCGUGGGGAAUGCCUCUGAAUUAUGUGCCUGAGGGUUAUGCUUCUAUUGUUUCUCCUAUGUCGACAUCUCUCCCGGUCAUGUCGACUCAUUCUUCUGUUGUGCAUGUUAUGCCAUGUGUUAAAGAGACUAUCUAUCAUUCUAAACCGUUUGAGGGUCCAGAUGUGUAUGAGAAAAUGGAUGAAAUUAAGGAUCAAUUUCAAGAGCUGAGAAAGAAAAUGAAGACCCUGAGGGGGAAAGAUUUGUUUGGGAAAAGUGAUGUUGAACUUUGCUUAGUGCCCGACGUGAAAAUCCUUGUUAAGUUCAAGAUAGAUAAUGAUCGUUUGCUCAUCCAUUAUUUUCAAGACAGCUUAAUCGGUGCCGCUCUCCGUUUGUACAUGGGUCUAGACAGUGGCAGCGUUCAAGCUUUUAAUGACUUAGGUGAGGCCUUCGUUAAGCAGUAUAAGUAUAACAUGGAUAUGGAGCCAGAUCGUGACCAGUUACGUGCUCCCAGUGACUUCAAUAAAAUGGUGAACAUGGGGAUGCGUCUAGAAGAAGGUGUUUGUGAGGGCUGUUUGUCUAGAGAAGAAAUGUCUACUAGCAAGAAGUAUGGGGAUGGUUUCUCUAAGAAGAAUGAGGGAGAAACCAAUUCAGUAUAUGUGGGAAGGCAAAGGAGACCUUAUAUGAAGAAAAAUCUCAAAUCUCAUCAGCAACAUCAUCAAGUAUCCUCUGUUAUUCUAGUAUUUAUAAACAAUUAUGCAGUUCUAUCAGCACUAGUUCAACAACAACAACAACAACAAUAA